UUGCUUCCGCCUCUUACCAGCUAACUUCCAAGACACCAAGACCAAGUAUUUUAAGCGGCUACAGACGGAGACCGUGUUCUUAGCAACAGUACAAACAGAGUGGAUAAUUUGCCAAUAAUAAGAAAGGAAACAGCUGAAUUCUCAGUGACAAGAAAUAAGCCAGAACUGAAAGCCAGAAAUUCCAUAGGUGUCAUGCAGUGACGCAGAGUUAGCUGUGGUAGUUUGUUUGUAUGAACAAACAAACCGGUCUCGACACGAUUUGCUGAUUUGGCUGUGUACUGUAUACUAAAUAGAUGCCACCUGUCAUGUCCUAUACGUAUCGCGUGGUAUCUUGUUGUUUGCGGCAAGUUUGCAUGGAAAUGUAAUAUCUGAAAGUUUCCCGAAGAGAAAGUCGUCACAAUUAUAAAAUGAAGAAGCGUCAGAAACGACGGUUGGUGACCAAACCGCAACUGUUUCUCGUCGGCAAUUCUGGAGAAGUAAAACAAGAUCAUCGUUUAUGUCGCCUUCACAUGGCGAAGAAAUCUAAAAAAAUUACAGUGGAACAAGAAAAUGAAAUAUGUAGAAAGGAAUUCGAGAGGUUUGAAACAACAUGUCAAGAAAGGUCACUGCCCUUUGAAACAGAAGCUGGUGACCUAGACAGCAUUCCUGAGCCUACAAAUGAAACGAAAGGAAGAUCAAAGCGUUCCACGAUCACAGCUAGUAAUGCACACUCUGUCACUAGAAAGUCAUUGGUCCACAACGUCAACCGAAGUUACCAGAAAAUAAUUCCAGAUAUAACGUCUGAAAAUAAAAGCAAUGAAUCGAAUGAAGCUUCUUUACUAACAACAAGAAACAGCUGGACUGGUUCCUAUAAAAGUCAAAUCUUUGUAAGGAAGAGCAAUUCCGAACUAGAAGCAAUCAAUAUCGACCUGUUUUCUUUGGGCAGUAAUCUGUAUCAUGUGUUAGCACAAGAAUUUGGAGACGAUGUGACGAAGUGUACUUUUAUGUUUGGAGCAAAAGAGGUCGACAGAGAAAAAACAUUGUUUGAGCAAGAAAUAUAUCAUGGUUCAACAAUUGAAUUGUCCUCUCCAUUAUAUGGAGGAAUGGAUAGGAAGAAGAAAAGAAACCAAAGAGCGAAAAAAAAUAAAGAAAAAAUUGAAAAAACGAAUAAAGAACAAUCAUCGGACAACUCACAAGAGUCGUUGCAAGAACAGAUUGUACAAUGGUUUGAAAAAGCAACCGAACUUUUAGGGAUAGAUGCUAGUGAGGUGUCCGAUUUGAAAUCGCUCAAUAGCAAUGAAUUAAAUGUGCUAAAAGAGGAAGACUGGGAAAAACAUUCCCCAGAUUGUGGCAGGAUUUUGUUCGGUAUGUGGCGGAAUUAUCAAAAAUCGACCAAGGAGAAGGUUGAAAGCAAGGACCAUACAGAUAUAGUGGAACCUGAUUCGAUUAUGCCGCUGGAACGAAAAAAAGAAGUACAAUGUGAUACUGAUGAUACUAAUAUUUCCAAGCAAAUCGAAGGUCCUGGAUAUCGGGAAAAUGAUAAUUCGAAUAGCCCACGAAAACAGCUCCUUGGUGAAGUUGACGCUCUUGAAGAAAUAGGAGAGUCAUCGCCGCUUGAGGACUUUGAGAGUGAUGGUAAAUCGCCAGCACCAAUCCUCGGUGACAUUAUUGCAAUAACUGGCGUGUGCUCGAGUGAUCCACAGUUAGGCGAAAAUUUUGGGACAUUGUAUAUCAGAAGCGACCCUAAGGGAGCCGCGAGAUUUUAUAAUACUCUUAAGAUUGUCAUUUCACUCAACCCGUUGAGACCAAACGCUAUUAAUAUUUUAAAGAAAAUUUUCGAGGGUAUGCAUGUGGGUGUUAAAGGGCGAGUGGAAAAAAUGGAUAAAGGCGACGAUUUUGUGAAUAAGAUCGGUUGUGAGAUGUUGAACUUUAAACUAAUUAUUGAGUCGGAUGAUCAUGCUCUGAUUUACCUGAAAGCCAAACCACCAAAGAUAACAAGGCAACUUUCACAAUCUUGGUGGUGGCCGCAACAAUUCGACCCCGAAAGUGUUAAUGAAUUAGACUUGAAUGUUGGUGAUUUUAUUGUCGACAACGAUUUGAAGAGAGUUUACUGUGACGCCAAUGCUGAAGACGAACUCAUACUGCAGUACGUUAUCGCUUUCAAAAAUACAUUCGAUGGUGAAAUAUUUGUCGGCGCUAAAGAAAAUGGCGAAAUAGUUGGCAUAGAAAAAAACAGUGGAGAAAUGAAGAAAUGGUGCGAGGAAUUAUGUAAAACUAUUGGAAACAUACUGCCUGAAUCUAACGAUGGAGCAGAUAUCUGUCGAAAUAUUCGAGACGCAAUUGAUCUUUUUCAUAGAAAGAGAUGCUUUGUUUACUUACUGCCGCUUGGCAAGAAGAGCAGCAGAACACUGUGUUGGAUUCACGUACCAAAAGGCGAAGCCAAAGUAUACUUCUCUAAAGGUUCAGACGUCCAUGCGUUUAAACGUAUUGGAGCAGAAAAUAGACGAAUAAAUAAUUAUGAGCAUUUGUUCAAUGAACUUGAUUCUCUGGCAAGUAGGCCAAUCGAACAAAUCCCUGAGGAAGAUUGUGCUAACGAAGAAGAUGAACAAAAUGAAGAAAAUCGUAAAAUGGAAGAUAAAUAUAAAAUUUUAAAUAAAGUAGACUACGAAAAUCAACACAACGAGUUGAAAAUGAUUUUUGGGGAAAAUCCAGCAAAAAUAAUCCGCGAUAGAUAUCUUGCGAAUUAUGUAUGUGGUUUCCUCAACGCUGAUGGGGGAAGUAUACUUUUCGGCGUGCAGGAAGACGAGGAUUCGAAAGAAGGAUAUAUUGUUGGCGUCGUGUUGUCAAAGGAGGAAAGAAAAGAACUUGUCCAAACCACUGCGCAAAUUCUUGCCAAUUUUUAUCCUCCAGUUGGUAGAAGUCAAUAUCGCAUCGAAUUUCAUCCUGUUAACGUACCUUUGGAGCUUAUUGUUAAAAACGUCGAAAAGUCGGGCUUGGGCGAUCAAACAAGUAGCAAAUUGUAUUCCGUCAUUGCUGGUCCGAGUGAAGAAAUUGGUAAAAAGUGGCCAAAUUUCACUAAGAAAGCGUCGCCAGGAAUUCAUUCCGCUUUAAUUCCAAUCAGAUCCCAGCGCUUUUGUAUAGUUUCAGCGAAAAAAGGAAGGCCCAUUCCUGAAAAUCUAGCCAAACAGUUUGUUGAAGAGUACUCCAAAUCUGUUAAAAAGAACUCCAAAUCUGUUAAAAAGAACUCCAAAUCUGUUAAAGAGUCAUCCGAAUUUAGGUUGCAGACAAUAAAUGAGGAAGAAUUGAAAAAUAUUUUGAACACAAUUUGUGUCGUUGAGGUUAAAGUGAACCGGUCUCCUUAUCCGAUCCAUAUGAUCAAACCCAUUGAUACAUAUAUGUUCAAAAAAGAGAACGACCGACAGUUAUGUAAGGUCAACCUUGAUGAUUUAAUGGGCAGGUUUAAAUUUGAUUCUGAUGAGUUCAAUCUCCAAACGUUUCUUGAACAUGUCAAAAACUUUGAUAGCGCCGGAAACUCGUAUAUCCUCGUAACUUCACCCUUCGAGCUUCCUGAAGAUGAAAGGGAUCUGUAUGGACUUGUCAUCCCCAAAUGGACUUUGACUAUAGACUUUGAUCAGCAACCAAAAGAAUCAGGUCAUUUAUUUGACCUAUUUCAAAAACUUAAUGACCGGUACCACACUGAACGGGACCGUUUUCUUAAAUCGCCUGAAGAUUCGAAACUAGAUUUAAACCCUGAUCACGCAAUUUGUUGGCUGGCUGUUCGAGGUUAUCGGGAAGACAAGAAGACUCUGUCUGAAGACAGUCAUGCAAAAUGGAACAAAACACACAGGUCAUCUGUCAGAGAUCUUCUAAAUGAAGGUUUAAAGACCAACGUAAAACCUAAUUGCCUUAACGUUGUAGUUCUGUGGAAUGAAGGCAAUCAAACAGUGGUAGAAUCUUUACGAACAAUUUUAGAGGAUGUGAUCAGCUUGGACGGGGAUGACAGCACCGUAAUAACAUUUGUUUGUGCGACUCCUAAAGCUAGGUCAGAUAUUACCAGCAAAAUAAUACAGCCGCUGCAAGAAGAUAAUUGGGAAACUAUAUCUGAAGACCGGGUAUAUGUUGCACCUCCCCAUGCGCUGGCACGAUUUCUCUCUCUCGCAUUACCAUCACCUUACCGACCCGAAGAUGAUUAUCAAGUACCAUUUAAAAAGCACUUUCGGUCCGGAGGCAAUCAAACUAUUCCCCAGGUAUUACCCCAACGACUUAGACAAAAUCUGUCAGGGUAUGUAGAUAUGAUGUACAUAAAGAAAGAAAGAAAACUUGAUGAAACAUUGUUAAACAAAGAACGAAAGAAUUUCUUUUCAGGUUCUGAAAUUUCAAACGAUGGUUUGCGUGGUAACAUUGCCAUACGGAGAACAAGAAUGGAUGAUCUCGAAAAGAAAUUUAAAGCUCUUAUUAACGACAAAAAGUCACAUGUUUCUCUCAUUUUUGUGAAAGUGGAUCGCGGCGCAGGAUCUACAACUAUGUGUAAACAAUUUCUUUAUGGCCAACACAAAACGUAUCCAUGUGCACAAUUAAUUGAGAUACGUGAUGGCUUGGUAAGCCACAUCGAGGAAAUUAAUAAGAAAACAAAAUUGCCACUUAUACUUCUUGUUGACGAGAAUAUCGCACACUUGCAAGAUUUUCUGGAUUUCAAAAGAAAGGUUGAGCGUAGAAAUGUAAACGUUAUAUUCAUCUUGAUCGAGCCUGCCGAGCUUAUUUCGACUAGAGCAACGAGCGAGGAAGAAGCUGUUUUUUCUAACAAAUCUUUACCUAAACGGAAGCAAAUUAAAUCACCACAAAAAGUACGCACAAAAAGCGCAAGAGAUAGCUACCUGUAUGGACCAAGUCCGUAUAAGGUAGUUGAGCUAAGGCGAAGACUAGAUGCGAAAGAAAUGGAAGAACUGGUAAAAGUGCUUACAGUUCUGGCAAAAGGAAAGAAAAAACAAUUGUUAAAAUUAAAAGAGAAUAAUUUUCUAAAUAAUGAAAAGACUCAAACAUUUGCUCAUUUCAGCCUUACUGCUUUUGGUAAUGAAUUCACAGGUUUAAAACAGUAUGUUAAAUUCAGAUUGGGUCUGGCAAAUGAACAGCAAAAACAUAUACUCGCCUUUUUAUCGCUCACUCAUGUAUUUACAGACUAUUUCGUUCCAGCAAGUGCGCUUGUCCAUUUUCUUAAGAAACCUAUUGUAAAGUUAGACGACGUAAUGGAAAAUAAGUAUCUCCAAGAAUUGUUAAGUCCACGAACGGAUGGCACAGAUUCUCGCCGAACGUCAUUUCUUGAAGUGGCGCAGGAAAUUUUAAAACAGUUAAGUGCUACUUCAACCAAUGCACAGAAUGGCGACGAUGCUUAUUGGAUAUUUGUUAAGUCGAUUUCUGUUGCGAUGGCUACAAAUGUAUUGAGCAAGUGUAUUACAAAUAAAAAGAUUGAUCGCUUGACUCGAAAACUAUUUGUGACUAGUGAAUACGAAAGUGAAAAAUUUUCUCUGCUUAUUAGAUCUAUGAGAGCAAAAUAUCCUGAUACUGCGCGGGAUACACUGAAUGAUCUGGUGAGAGUCUUUGACAAGAAAGACCAAUCUUCAAUACGCGCUCAUUUACGAGCGCAUCUGGCUAAGUACCUAAUGACAGAGUACCAAAAUUUUAAGGAUGCAAAGAAAUUAAUUGAGGAUGCCAUUGAUGAACAAAAAGAUGAUCCUCUUUUACAUCAUAUUCAUGGCGAUAUAAUUCGCCAAUACGUGUUGCAUCUUACUGAUAAGGUAAAAGGAAAAGAGGAAAUGGAAAUAAUUGUAUCACAUGCUUAUGAAAGCAGUGGAUGUUUCGAAUCAGUACGGGCUAAAAAGCCACACAUGAGCCAUGGCUAUGUGUCUGAUGCAAUGCUGCGAAUUACUGUUAUGAAAGCAGGUAUUGAAGUGAUAGGAGGUGGUAAAAAUAAUAGCUUCGUGGACUAUUUAAUUCAGAGAGUUGAUGAAAUUAAGGAACGCGGCGAUGAAGAGAUUUCACCAAAUUCACGAUAUUUGUUAUCUCUGAUUCCAGAUGCGCAUCAGCAUCUCGAUGAACGAGUUAUCGACUUUGAACAAAAAGAAAAAUGGAAAGAAAAUUUUCUUGACUGUAUCGGCGAAUUAGAAAAUCUGCAGCGGUUGUGCGCUAAAAUAAAACAAGAAGAGAGCUUUAAACCUUUCGUUGGUUCCACAGCUUGGUUAAAUGGAGUAGUUGUGGAAACUCAAAUAUUGUAUCAUGCCCUAGAAAUGGAAAACAAGGUUUUAAGUCCUCAGGAAAUUGAAACAAAAUUAAUAAAAAUGGAGGAAUACAAUUCCCAUUCAGGACAUGGCGAUCGUUUCAUGAAAUACUGGAUGAGAUAUUCGCGUCGGCGAUUAACUGUGCCACAUCUGCGCGAAGUCAAAAAGAAGGUAGACGAAUGGUUCACGAAAAUGAAGAAGAAACGGAUAAGAUCGCCUCAAGCUGAAUUCUAUAAUUUUGUUGUGCUUGUUCUCUUCGCCUUGAAAUAUCCCACUGAUCGUGACAGGAUGGAUAAAGCAGAAGAGGCAAUAAAGCGUCGGCAACUUAAAAGAUUGAGUAGAAAAGAAGAUUUUGCUCUCCCUCUGGAGUGGCUACAUCCAAAAGAUGGCCAUCAUAUCGAAUCGAUUGAUUGCCUACUCCACCAUGAUGAUCUAAUCGAAGGUACAAACAUCUCGUCGAAGUCUGACAAAAGAAAACCAAUUGAAGCCUCCCUGUUUGAAAAAGGAAUCACCCAAUGGGAGGGAACCAUUACGGCUAUUCGCAGUGAAUGGCAAGGUACUAUUACCUUAAAAGAACUACUUUCGGUCCGGUUUGUGCCAUUGAAUGCACAACCUUCAAUGCCCUCAAAAGGCGAUACAGUGAAGUUCUGUUUGUCGUUUGAUAAUUUUGGUCUUAGUGCUUGGCGUGUGAUGCGCGAUGUACUGCAUCCUAGUGACUUUUCAGAAAUGGUGAAUAGAAAUGAUUCCUCGUCUGAGAACAGUGAGCCAGAAGAUAAUUCUGAUGAUCAGAAUCUUGUGUCUCCAUCGCUUUGUUCUAUGGAUGUCGAAGAGACCGAAGGAAAAAGAAACAACUGCAAAGAGCACGAAGAGAAACAACUGCGAUGUGAAGCACUUUCGAAGAAAGGUGGUAAAUGGGAUGCUUACGGUGAUCAAAUUAUGCAAGGUUUAGUUGACUCUAUUAAUUCUGAAGAUGGUUUUGGCUUCAUAAUUAAUCCCCACAUUGACGAUAAACUUUUUUUCCACGCUGCACAACUGAGAGUGCCUGUAAAAGAACUCGAAGGAAAUAUUUCUGUCCAAAUGCUGUUGGAAUUCAAAGUUGAGAAGUUAACUAAGCGAACUCGUGCCGCAGAUAUUCGUGUGUUAAAGGACGAAAACCUUCGCCAGUCAAUGAUAGAUGCGAUGAAAAGGAAAAAAAAAUCUUCAUCUUUGAUAAGCAACGAUUCAAGGUGUCAAGAAGGUGUCGUUGAGAAUUUUUUCCCCGACAAUGGUUAUGGUUUCAUCACGCCCAAUAACGACAGAACUGGCAGGAAUAUCUAUUUUAGUAGGCGAAAUCUUCUUAAAAGAGGAAUUUCCCCAAAGUGUGGAGAUCGUGUACAAUUCUGCGUCAGAACUAAAGAUGAUCGUUCCGAAGCAACAGAUAUACUAGUUCAGAAUAAAUCCAUAUUAAGAAAUAGAUGGGCUGGCUUUAUUGGAGCUGGUAUACAGGAAGGUAUCGUGUGCAGCACAACAGACGAUGGAGGCACAAUAAGCAAUAGUAAACUGGUCACUGGAACAAAAAGCAAUUUACAUUUCCGUAAUAAAGACAUCAAUGGUAACAAAUCAAAGAGGGUUGUUGAAGGAACCACAGUGCAUUUUGAAGUUAAAAAAAGAGGAGGGAAAUGUAUUGCUUUCAAUAUUUGCAUCAUUGAUAGUCCAGAUGGUCCCGAUGACAUGUUUUAACGUACCAAGCAUUGUGGUAAACAAUUCAUCAGAGGACACGCUAGCAGACUAUGGUGGAAACGAAGGUUGUUUUUUAAAGUUUUAAUAAGUUACAAAUUAUACUGAAUAUUUCAAGCCGGCACGUCUAUGUAUUCGCCAUUUUGAACUAUUUAGAAAAAAUGUAAUACCGUGUCCAGCACACUAUUAUAAUAUAUAUAAUUUCUACCGAACUAGCUGGUGUUACUGACUGAAAACCGUUUCAAACGUCGAACUUUUCAUGUGCCGAACCUAAUAUCAAUGUUAAUUUGCAUUCGAUUCGGCACAUGAAAGGUUCGUCGUCUGAAGAAGGCAAAUCAUUAUAGAAAUUAAUGUAGGGAGGGGUUUGUUUUGAUUGGUAUAUAGAAUCCUGUUUUAUGUUAAAAAAAAAUUAGUGAGAUAUAUAGACUGGGCUAUUUUAUAACAUCAUGCAUCAAUAGAGCAGAAAGCCUAUAAUUAAAAUGUAUACAUGCACCUGUAUAUAGACGUUCGAAACGAAUAAAAUGAUUAUGAUAAAUUGUGCACAAUCAACCUCGCAAGCCAGGCUCUUUUAAAUCUUGCGGUUCCGGAGUGAAUAAGCCGAAUAUAUAUAUCUCGCUGAGAUCAUAAUCUAGCACGUAGUACAUAUGUACAGUAGAUGCCUUAUUCCUACAAUCCGUCGUACAUUUAUUUGUGUGCCGGCACCACUAAUAGCAACUAGAGGUUUUAAUUAUAAGAUUUAGGGAUUUCACAGAACACUGAGAAAAAGAGCAACCAAAAGAUAGUUAUCAGAACGUUGCCUGGCGAGUUGAAAUAGUGUGUAUACCAGGCUUUGGAGGACACAUGCAUGGUGGAAGGAUGACACGUACCCUUCAGACCAUUUAAAGACCCAGGAAGGAAACAAAUUUGAAGGUAUGCAUGUGCGCGCGCAAAACAACGCAGUCCAAUCGCAGCUUUAUCUGUAAAUUUUGAGCAACAUAUG